UACAGGAGUCUGAUUUAAGGGAAAAGCCUGAAGCUGCACUACAUGGCAGUGCAGAUGAAAGGAUCAGGGCGCGCGCUCACAUCCACCUCAUUGCACUAUGCGCUCGCGCUGCUGAGAGCCCGGUAGACUGCGGGUCAGCGGGACAGAGGCACGAGCUCGCACGAGCGUUUUCGGCUUUCAGCCUGAGAAUGGAGGCGUCCGGCGGCGGCGCGAGCAGCCUGGCUGAGGCCGAGGAUGGCAGCCCGUUAUCCGAGGACGAACCGGUGUGUGUGCUCGGUGACAACCAGGCGAUGGAUACAGGUGACCCGGAUGCUGUCAAAAUGGCUUUCAUCACAGAGAUGGCGUCAUCUUCAGGCCAGCCAGGCCUCGGAAAAAAGAUAGGACAUAGAGGAGUGGACGCGUCCGGUGAGACGACGUACAAGAAGACCACAUCGUCAGCACUAAAGGGAGCCAUCCAGCUCGGCAUCGGCUACACGGUGGGCAACCUGAGCUCCAAGCCUGAGAGGGACGUUCUCAUGCAGGACUUCUAUGUCGUGGAAAGCAUCUUCUUUCCCAGUGAGGGGAGCAACCUGACACCGGCCCACCACUUUCCAGACUUCCGCUUUAAGACGUAUGCUCCUGUGGCUUUCCGUUAUUUUAGGGAGCUGUUUGGGAUUCGUCCUGAUGAUUAUCUGUACUCGCUGUGUAACGAGCCGCUAAUCGAGUUGUCAAACCCAGGAGCCAGCGGUUCUGUGUUCUACGUUACGAAGGAUGACGAGUUUAUUAUUAAGACCGUCAUGCACAAAGAGGCGGAGUUCCUGCAGAAGCUUCUGCCUGGAUAUUACAUGAACCUUAAUCAGAACCCUCGCACGUUGCUGCCCAAGUUUUUUGGUUUGUACUGCGUGCAGUCUGGAGGAAAGAACAUCCGGAUGGUGGUGAUGAACAACAUCCUGCCCAGGGUGGUACGCAUGCACCUUAAAUAUGACCUCAAGGGUUCUACAUACAAGCGCCGGGCCUCCAAAAAAGAGCGAGAGAAGGCAAAGCCAACAUUUAAAGACCUAGACUUCAUGCAAGACAUUCCUGAAGGCCUGAUGCUGGACACAGACACUUACAACGCCUUGGUCAAGACACUCCAGAGAGACUGCUUGGUGCUAGAGAGUUUUAAGAUCAUGGAUUACAGCUUGUUGCUUGGGGUGCAUAACCUUGACCAGGCUGAGAGGGAGCAGAAUGUUGAGGGCUCCCAGAGCAGCAGCGAUGGAAAGAGACCACCAGCCCAGAAAGCCCUCUACUCUACCGCCAUGGAGUCCAUCCAGGGAGCCUCGGCCUGUGGAGAGGAAAUCGACACAGAAGACACGAUGGGAGGCAUCCCUGCAGUGAACAGUAAAGGAGAGCGUCUUUUACUGUACAUUGGCAUCAUCGACAUCCUGCAGUCUUACAGGUUAAUAAAGAAAUUAGAACACACAUGGAAAGCUCUUGUACAUGACGGGGAUACAGUGUCUGUUCACCGGCCUUCUUUCUAUGCAGACAGAUUCUUCAGAUUUAUGAGCAGCACAGUAUUUAGAAAAAGCACCUCCUUGAAAUCCUCUCCAUCAAAGCGUGGGCGUGGCGGCCUGGCCGUGCCCAAAUACUCAGGGCCUGGAGCCGCAUGGUCUAUUAGCCAGCUUCCCUACGACAGAGAUGACAGCAUUUACGACCUGCGAGGAGCUCGCAGCUUCCCCACGCUGGAGGAUGAAGGACGCUCUGAUGUGCUUCCCUGCACACCUCCAUCGUUUGAGGAUGCCACCACUGCCUCCAUUGCCACCACACUCUCCUCCACCACCUCUCUAUCCAUUCCUGAACGCUCACCAUCCGACACCUCUGAGCACCCCCGCUACAGGAGACAUACCCAGUCUAGCCAAGACGGAACGGCUCAGGAGGAAGAUCAACAGACCAUCACUGUAGAGGUGGAGUUGAAGCGACAAGACAGUGAGCCUACACUCAUAGCUCCACAACCUUCUCCAGAGACAAGUGAAGAACCUGAGCUCUCUGCCGAAGCUUCCUGUUCCACAGUUCCUGCGAGUCCUAAAAUUGUGGUGGAUUCAGACUGCACUAGUCAAGCCUCUGGCUGCCUCAGCCACUCCUCUGUAGACGACGAUGAUGAUGUGCCAAUCACUGAGAUCUACUUUCCUCCAGAGGAGAGGAGCUGGGUUUAUUCUCCUCUGCACUACGCAGCAGAGUCCAGGACUCUGCCCACAGGGGAUGAGGACAGUGAUACAAUUUUAAUACACUGGUGUCAUCUGCAUGGAGGGGGUUCAGGUUCAGGUGUCUGUGUGUUUGUAAUCCAUGUGCAUGUUUAUCCUCUUGUUUUUACAAUCAUAUUUCUGUUUUCAUCUGUAUUGAAUGUGCAUUUGAUCGGUUGAAAGCACAAAUAUCUUGCAAAUUGCACAGCAUUACAAUGUGUACAGUUGAGCCACAGUCGCUCUUGUGUCUCGUUCACAGCAGUGAGUCCGACGGUGCCGGAGAUCGUUCAGGUGUGAUGUGGCUUCCAACUCGACUCAACUCAACUGACCAAACUUCCUACCACAUUUUUAAGUGACUGGUGUCUUCGAUCUUCAUCUUGUCAUGAUCCAAAACCACAUGCAGGCUUUGUGCUGCAAUAUGGAGCUUUGUGCUGAACAUACACUAGUGUCAUUCUUCUAUGGUUCUCCGGUCAUUCUGUCUACUAACAGCAGCACUCCAACCAGUAAUAACUACGUCUUUUGAGAUAACAUUCCUGUAAUUCAUAAAACGUUUUUUUAUUUUGUUUUUUACUUUUCUAUGUGUGUGAGUCUCUGAGUGUGGGCAUGUUUUUCAUAUGUAUAGAGAAAUUACUUGGUGUGGAAUGUGAGAUUGGAGGAAGCUUGCUCUGUCUAGCAUCAAUAUACUACAAUUAACUUCACUAUGAGGAAAAAUUUCUAAUAUUAUGUUGUAAGCUAUGUCAGGGGUGGACAAAUUACUAUUAAUUAUCCAACCCACCAGGCCAGUGUCCGUACACAGUCUGAUGCUUUGAUCACCAAGAGACCUAUUUAACCAGGUGCUAGCUAACAUUGUGUAAUAAGAUAUGGCCAGCUAGGGGGGAUACCGCUUUAAUAAUCAAUGGAAUGAGUGCGUGAAUUGUCAGGGAGGGGGUGACUGUGUGAUGAUGUGCUUAUCCUUUCCUUAUAAUAUAUUUAACAUAACCCAUUGUGUUUGCAAACUUUGCAAUAGAUUUUGUUAAUGCUUUUCAGCUAUGAUUUUUAGUCCUCUCUUCAUUCAUCCAUGCAUAUGAUUUCAAUCCGGCUAGCUUUUUUAUUUCCUUUCAACACUUAACUGGGAGGUGAGUCUACUCUAUUGAGUUUACGAUUAAAAACAUACUACCAGCACCUUUGUGCGUAGUGCAGCAGCUUGUACUAUUCAGUAAUGUCGAACCAACAUAAAGCACAUUAGGUUAAAACAGAAAUACCAAAAGGAAAUAAUUGUUUUACACUUAGUGAGAGGUAAAGAUUAAUUCCAUUAACUGCUUGAUGAACCAUACCCUGAAUGCCUGGGUUAGUAAUUUGUUCACCUCUGCAUAUACUACCUAAUUUCAGAAUUUUAAGACGUGCAUAUUGUCGGACAAAAAUCAUUCAGGGCAACAGUAUCAAGACCCAUGUGAUGGGCAGACAGUUGCUCUAAACUCUAUAGUGCAGUGCUGGAGUUAAUAAACCCUUACAGCUCAGCAAUAUGAACAACUUACGCCACACACGUGAGAGAAGCAUAAUUAAGAAAUAGCUAAAUGUGCUAAUAAAACAGCAAUUGCAGGAAAGCUAAUUUGCUUUUAAAAGAAAUCACCCAGUCUUCUUUAUCUGCUUAGCCUGGUCUUUCUAUUUACCACAUCUGUAAUACAUUGCCCGUUAGACAGAAAUGUUGAAAUUUCCUUGUUCAGAGAAAAGAACACAAUGGUAUAAAAAAAACAUCGGACUGAAACUGGACCUGAAAGCUUUUCUGGUGUAGAUUUAUUCAUAUACUUUACUUUAUUCAUUAUACUUUACAGCACUGAAUCAGUGUUGUUACAAAAGUAAUGUCCCUUUUUUUUUUUUAGCUUUUUGAAGCAGCAAUUGACAACAUAAUAGUCCAAUAUCUUUUUCACAAGUAUGGAUUAUUCUGAUUUAGGGUUUAAUUUACACAUAAAUAGGCCUGAAGAAUUCAUGAAAGUCCUUAUAAUGGUUAGUUAUGUUUUAAAAACUUUGUUGAUUGUAACUGAUAUUUAAGAACACAUUUUCUUUAUGUCCUCAAUACAAGGAAAAGUGGCCAAUGUUGUCUAUUACAGAAAUGAUAAAUAGAGAAUAGUAUUUUAUGGAAGCUUUAAUGUUCAUACAGAUUAUUAUCUGUUGCCUGAGGUACAGUGGAACCUUGGAUUGUGAGUAACUUGGUCUGUGAGCGUUUUUACAAGACGAGCAACUCAUCUCUCUCUUGCGAUGUGGGAUUGUGGGUAAUCGUCUCCUAUACUCAUUCUCAGUGUGCAUGCGUCACUAGUAUAGUUAACAUCCGUGCACGUAUGUACUGUUUACUAUAACAUUGUGACCGUGUGUGUGUGUGUAAAGCAUUUUUGUAAGUAGUGACUGUUCUUUUGUAACUGUACUGUAAUAACGGCCUCCGUGAAGAAAAAAAAAGUUCGAAAGGCUGUAGUAAUGAAGAGGGAGAUGAAUUUGUUUAGAGGAGUGAUUCCGGUAGUGUUUGUGUGCAGCGUGUGAAAGGCGUCCUGCACAGUAGCCCACCCCCGCUCUUGAUUCUGCUCUUGUCUAACACCAGUCAUGAUUCUUUUCAAAGGUAAAGUGUAGGUUAAUUUGUUUCAUUUUUACUUUAGAUUUUGUAUUAACUAUUUUUAUAUGAAUAUUUUUGGGUCAUGGAACGAAUCAUUGAAUUUCGUGCUUUGAUAUAUGAGUGCUUUGAUAUACAAGAGCGCUUUCAGAAUGAAUUAUGCUCAUAAUCCAAGGUUCCACUGUAUUUGGAACAGGUUGGGGUGUUUUAAUGCAUUCUGGGUAAUUUAACUCCUUCAGAUUUCCUUCUGCUACUACGGAGUCAUCCAGCAAGCUUCUGUUUAAUUUAUAAAGCAUUCUUACAUCUUCUCACAUGGUGACCAAAUGAGAAUUUCUAAAGGGGUGUGUUAAUUUAACCCAGCAUUGAAACUGAUUGAAAUUGUUACACAAAAUAUAGAUUCAUUUCAAAUUCAAUUUGUGUUAUUUGAUUUUUAAAACACUAUAAAUUCCCACAGUUUCCUGAUAACUUUCCAUUAUUGUGUCUUUAUUAAAAAUUUUAUUUAAGCCUUUGAUGGAAUUUUUUUAAACUUUAGACAGGCUUUCCUCUUAGGACUGUUUAAUCACAGCACUUUAUUUCAUCGCAUCACAAUCAUUUGAGCAGGAUGCAAGUUUUUCACUGCUGUUGUGAUCUACACUGCAGGAAAGGUUUAAAGAAAUUUGUUGAAAUGUAUAUUUAUUUGUAUGUGUAGAGUAAUUUAAGAGUGUAUGUGUUUGAAAGUGUGAGUGUGAGGAUGUGUGAUUUACUAAAUAUUUGAUGGGUGUUAAAGCACUGAUCAUGAUGCUGUUGUGUGAUAUAAAGCACCCACAGCAGCAAUACAUAGUGUACUUUUGGGUUGCCUUAUUUAUUUAUUAUUUUAAUUGUUCUGACACCAUAGUUAGUGACUCACUAAUGGUAUGUACAUAGAAAUACAAAUAAUAAUGAAGAAAUACUGAUUAUAUUUUAUCUUGUGAAUUUGGAGCUUUCUUUUUUCUUUUUUUGUCCUUUUUUUCCCUCAAGCUGUGCAUAAAAAUGAGUAAAAUUUAAGUAAAGAAGAUUCUUCCUGAGAUGCGAAGUGUGCAACUGUGUUUGCAUUUCAGACGUCACUUUGUGCCGUACAUGUGAACUUGCAAAUGUAUCAAUUGCAUCAUCUUGCAGAAGCUGUGUCUGUGUAUGUGUGGUUUAAAAUGUGUGGCCCUGAUUAAUUAGAUUAAGCAAUGCUGUAGAGAUCAAGCAUGUUGUCACUGAAAAUUGUAAAUAUAAAUCGAAAUUUUAAAAUGAAACAGUUUAUCCUUUUUAUUUAUACACAAAGCAUAAAAUGAUGGUUCAGUGAAAAAAAUAUAUACGAUUUUCUUUUUAAAAUAAGUGUAAUUAAUCAAUUAAAACCAGUUCGUUAUUUGAUGUUUUGCACCAGGCAGAAGGCUAUUGCAGCUAGCAAGUAAUGAAAGUCUAACUCAUCCAGUUACUUCUGUAAAUUCACACCUCAAACAUCAUCUAGUUAUAAUGUUAAUGCUGUAAUGUUACGUUAGGAACAAUGGAAAAUUGUGCAAGUUAUUUUUUAUUUUUUUUUGCUAAACUGUUUCUUUAAUAGAUGAGUAUUUCAUAGGAGUGUGUGUGUAUGUGUGUGGGAGAAAGGCUGUGUACACGUGCAAGUGCAUUUUUUUGGCCUUCUCUUGAAAUAAACAUACUUGACAUCUGUUAUUUUAUCUGUCAAUAUCUCAUUUACAUGUAUGGUUUUGGCAUGUUGAUCUAUGUACAGACUUCAUAAAAUACAAACUAAAAGAUACGACCUGCACAUCA